AUUAUAAAAUAUUAUUUUGGUUUGAUAUUUAGAGGAAUCACAUUUUCUUCAUGCAGCUAACUUUUCUUCCAAUUUUCUCUUUCUCUGCAGCAAUUUCCUUAUCCAUCAUAUACUGAUGAUCCAUUCAUUGUAACAAUUGAGAACAUGAUGCCCCUUCUUCUGUUUUUGAGUUUUAUCUAUGGUGCUGGGUCUAUAACAAGGGAGCUGACGUUUGAGAAAGAAUGCCGUCUAAAGGAGAGUAUGAAGAUGAUGGGUUUAGCUAAUUGGAUGCAUUGGCUUGCUUGGUUUGUCAAGUAUUUUGUCUAUCUUCUCAUACCAACCCUCCUCAUUCUAAUCAUAGUUGUCGUGGGCAACAUUUUCCCAAACUCUGGUAUUGGUAUUCUCCUGAUCUACUUUGUAUUAUGGAUGAUAGCAACCAUUGCUUGGAGUUUUCUCAUCUCAUGUUUCUUCUCUCGUGCUCGUCUGGGUCUUAUCUUUGGGAUGGUCCUUUGGUUCCUCAACUACCUCCCAAUGUUCUUCCUCGACUACAAAUCAUCUUCUGAUACCACUAAGACAGCAGUAUGUCUCCUGUCCAAUACCUGUAUGGGUCAAGGUGUCCUGGUGUUGGCCCGCUUUGAGCUGAAGGGUGAAGGGGUCCAAUUCUCUAACAUUGGUGUGAGUCCUUCUGAGGGUAGUAACUUCACUAUGGCAACCGUUUUUGGAAUGCUCAUCCUGGAUACCGUCCUCUAUCUUCUGUUGACAUGGUACAUAGAGGGAAUCUAUCCAGGGACAUACGGUAUCCCUAAACCAUUUUACUUUCCAUUCCUGCCUUCUUAUUGGUGUGGUUAUAAGACUUCCAAAGUUGAUGUAAACCCAGAUAGUCAUGAAGAUAAUCAGGGACCCGGUCAAGCCCAACCAGCCCAUGCCAACCAUGAGAAUGAGCCUACCAAUAUAGAAGCUGGUAUUGUGAUCUCAAACCUUUCUAAAGUAUACAAGAGUUCUGUUGGCAGUAAACUAGCAGUGGACAACCUCUCUGUGUCUAUGUUCAAGGGUCAAAUCACUGCCCUCCUUGGUCAUAACGGGGCUGGUAAGACCACUACAAUGUCAAUCUUGACCGGUCUCUACACUCCUACAUCUGGUAAGGCCAUAGUCAAUGGUCACUCUAUACUGGAUGACAUGGACGGUGUAAGGCAAAGUCUUGGACUCUGUCCACAGCAUAAUGUUCUCUUUGAUCGGUUGACUGUAAAAGAGCAUCUCAAAUUCUUUAUUCGAUUAAAGGGUAAGUCAGGUAGUGAAGCUGAGGCUGAGAUUAAUCAGAUGAUACAAGAUCUCCAGCUUGUUGAUAAAACAAACACAUCUUCUACUAAGCUAUCAGGUGGAAUGAAAAGAAAGCUUAGCUGUGCUAUAGCUCUGAUUGGUGGUUCAGAGGUUGUCAUCCUUGAUGAGCCUACGUCAGGAAUGGAUCCAUACGCAAGAAGAGCUACAUGGGAUCUACUACUCAAAUACAAGGCUGGUCGUACAAUGGUCCUCACCACACAUUUCAUGGAUGAAGCUGAUCUUCUUGGUGACAGGAUAGCCAUCAUGGCCGAUGGUCAACUCAGAGCAAGCGGGAGCUCCCUCUUCCUGAAAAAUAGAUUUGGCAUUGGGUAUCAUCUGACCUUAGUUCAGAAUGAGAAGGUUGAUAUGAAUGGCAUCCAGCAUUUGAUCAAGAGCAAGAUCCCAAAUGCUUCAUUAGAAAGCAGGGUCGGUUCAGAGAUUGAUUAUAUUCUACCAAGAGAGAGUUCUUCAACCUUUAAAGAUCUGUUUACUCAGCUAGAAGAUGAGAGAGGUCCUCUAGGUAUCGACAGUUUUGGAGUCUCAGUCACCACGAUGGAAGAAGUCUUCAUGAAGGUUGGUGAGAUGGUAGAUGAAGAAGAAGAAAAUGGAGGAGGGAUGAUGAGACGUCGAUCAAGCAUUAUACCACCACCGAGACCUACCAAUGGAAAUGAAGACCCAGUCAUUUAUACCAGUGGUGAACCAGGAGUGAAUGAUCCUCAUGUUAAGAUCAGUGUAUUUGGUAUCAACACUGGACAAAGCAAUCUGGUGACCGGCAUAUUGUUGAAGUUCCUUCAGUUCAAAGCUAUCUUCAUCAAACGUUUCCUGUGUGCUCUCCGUGACAAGAAGUCUGUCAUCACCCAGUUCAUCCUCCCAAUCAUCUUUGUAAUCCUUGGUAUUGUCCUCCUUAAGACAUCCAGUGAUCCCACUGACGAUAGGGCUCGUCUUCUCAACCUUAAGAACAUGUCUGAGUACGCUCCGUCAGGAUCAGCUAAGAUCUUCUAUGCCGAUCUCACAGGAGAUGAUGAUCACUUUCAGUAUCUGGAGCCUUUGAUGAUGUCGUUAACAGUGACUCCAAUUAACAUCACAUCAAUCUUACUGGAUACAAUAGCAAAUAAUUCAGGGGACCUGAUCAACGGUGCUACUAGAACAUCCAAUUCAGAUUGCUGUGGGUACACGGAAAUGGUCCUCAAUGAAUACUGUCAAGAAUUUUUGUACAAUGAUGGUGCUGGAAGAACAAUAUGUGAUGAUGUUACAACCUUUGGCUAUUACAACUGUCCAACCUGUGUUGCUGAUACUGAUGAGGCCAUAGACUGUUCAGUUGGAGCUAAUUCUUCUUCUGUUGCCAUGGAUACUGUCUAUCUCUCCAACUACAUCCUUGGAAUCGCUGAUACUCAGAACUUCUUCUAUGACAAUGUAGCAUCCUAUGUACUAUCUACAACCCCAGCAGGAAAGACCAAGCUCACCAUUGGAUAUAGCAACCAGGGAUUACAUAUACCUGCUGAAGCACUGAAUGGUGCUGCUAACAUCCUGCUACAAUACUUCACCAAUGAGAGUUAUACCAUAGAAACCAUUAAUUAUCCUCUUCCUAGGAAUGCACAAAGUCAGGAGGAUGCAGCAGUUGCAUCUACAGAGGUGUUUUAUUUUGCUCUUCUUGUUCUGUUUGGUCUGGCCUUUCUUACUGCUAGUUUCAUUCUAUUUAUUGUCAAUGAAAAACAAACCAAGUCCAAGCACCUGCAGUUUGUAAGUGGCUUAGACACCAUUACCUAUUGGCUGUCUAACUACUGUUGGGACGUCAUCAACUAUCUGGUCAUCUGGAUCAUCAUUAUCAUCUUGGUUGCAGCUUGUCAGGUAGAAGCCUUCACAGGAGAAAAUCUUGAUAGCUUUGUGGUUGUCCUGCUCCUGUUUGGAUUAGCAGCAAUAUCAUUUGUCUAUCUCUUCUCCCUUCUCUUCAACUCCUCUGUGAUUGCCUAUGCCUUGACUGCAUUUGCUCUGUCACUCAUUGGUAUGGGCUCUCUGAUAGCAGUUUUCAUUCUGGAAAUCCUUGAUGAAGAUAAAGCAGCAGACUACACAGAUUACAUCUUUAACCUACUGCCAACCCAUGCACUAGCCAGAUCUAUCAUGUUUAUUGCUACUAAUGAUGCCAUCAGAACCAGCUGUGAAAGCUCCAAGCUUGCUCGAGAUCAGUGUGCUAACAGUAAUGUAUCCUAUGCAUUAAAUAACUUGGACUGGGAACAGCCUGGCAUCGGGAUCAACUGCACUUACUUGGCUUGUGAAGCUGUUAUCUAUCUACUGCUCACUAUUAUACUAGAGCUUGGAUUUGGAUAUUCCUGCUGUGUAUCAAGCUACUUUAAGGAUUCUAGAGAACCUGAGGAUCAAGAUGUAUUAGAGGAGAGGACUCUGGUUGAGAAUACUGAUCCACAUGAUAGCAAGUAUGCUGUCAUUAUUAAGAAUCUAGCAAAGGUUUAUCGUGGAAAACGCACACCAGCUGUAGACACCCUCUCACUUGCCAUUCCUAAAGGAGAGUGUUUUGGAUUGCUUGGAGUUAAUGGUGCUGGAAAGACAACUACCUUUGGCAUGUUAACUGGGGAUGUUAGGAUGUCAGCCGGUACAGCUUACAUGGGAGGAUGUGAUAUACAGACACAAAGGAGAAAAGUGCAACAGCGAAUAGGAUAUUGUCCCCAGUUUGAUGCUCUAGUAGAACGACUGACCGGUCGUGAAGUCCUCAUGUUGUUUGCUCGUCUGAGGGGAAUCCCCAGUAGUCAACUGAUGUCUAUUGUAGAUCAUACUAUUGAUCAUCUGAACCUAAACAAGUGGCAGGAUAAACUAUGUGGCACUUACAGUGGUGGAAAUAAGAGAAAAUUGAGUACCGCAGUAGCUCUGGUUGGCAACCCGCCCAUUGUCCUUCUUGAUGAGCCAACAUCUGGUAUGGAUCCUAAAGCUCGUCGUUAUCUCUGGGAUUCACUUACAUCCAUCAUGGAAGGAGGACGCUCUAUCAUCCUCACAUCGCAUAGUAUGGAAGAGUGUGAAGCUCUUUGUACUAGACUGGCUAUAAUGGUCAAUGGACAGUUCAAAUGCCUUGGAAGUACACAGCAUCUUAAGUCCAGAUUUGGUACUGGUUAUACCCUGAUCAUAAAAACAAGUACCCCAGCAUUGAUUGAACCCACCAAAGCAUUUGUAAGCCAAGGUUUCCAGGGUGCAGUUUUACUUGAACAACAUCAGGUUAGUAUUCAGUUAGGCGCAGUGGAAGACCUCAAAUUGCAUCUCAUUAACGACCGUUCUAUUUUGAAUUUGCAACAGACUUACUGGUUAUCGAAAACGUGGCCAAUGAAAGUCAAAAUCUUGCAUCUCUUAUUGUGUCUUUUAGAAGACAUUUCAUGUGUUGAAAUUUUCCACAUUAAUUAACAUUUUCAUGAAUUUGAUGUAUGUGAAAAAAUAUUUGAUUCUAUGAUGUAAGACUUGAGAUUUAUCAUAUUUCCAAACGAGACUUGCAGAAAAAACAGGCUGCCUAUUUGGUGACACAACCUUGCGCAAAUGCUACACAUGUGAAAAGUAUAUGUAAAUGUUUAUGAGGCUUCAUUCCUUAUAUGGUAUGAUUUUUCUUUAAGCCAGUCUUAUAUGAAGAUAGAAAAUCAUGGUUUUAUACAAGCCUCAACAAAGAAAACUACACUCAUCAAAACCUCGAAAAAUUACAUCAUUUGACGUGACGGCAGGACGCUGAUUUCCUUUGCUCUGCUGUUCAUGUGUUGUGCAAGGUUGUUGUGAUAAACAAACUGAUUGGCGAAAAUUAUCCCUUGCCACGUGAGAUGUAAUGUUCAUUUCAAAUUUUGCGCCGUGUGGAGUCGCAAUUCCACACAGCGCAACAUACUCAAAUAUGAACAUGGGGGAGUAGGAUGCAAUAGAUCGGAUGCGUCAUGAUUAUUUUGAACAUUGACAUUGCUCACAAUUGUAUUGCACAAAAUUUACAUGGAUAUACAAAUGAUAUUUUUUUGCACAUAUUCAUAGCAUUCAUUUUGUAGCUGGUAAGAAAAAAGUGAAUUUUGUUGCUCCGAUUUUUUAAUUUCAGACAUAAUAUCCUCCCUAAAUGUAAGGUGAUUUGUAAAACAUUGGACUAGUGUACUGUUCAAACUUUAUUACUUCAUAUUGUUCAACGAACGUAGAGGGCAGCAACACACAGCAGUGUUGCUUUUAGGAAGGUCCACUUCGCUAAGAGUUUGUGACCAUUUUCUCCCAGAGCUUUUUUUUUU